UACUAUUCAAAAUCUGUUUCACUUCAUUCAGCUUCCUUUCUUCAGAAACUGUUGGAAGGUGUUCAGUCCUCAGUCCUAGUGCUAGCAUCCACAUUGAAGCCAUAUAGGGGGCACCAAGUAGUGGAUUGUCUAUAUUUGCCUAGUGUUUGUGAGCAGGGGCGGACUGGCCAUUGGGGAACUCUGGCACUGCCCGAGGGCCCGGGGUCAGUAGGGGGCCCCAUGAGAUGUCCCUGGUACCUUUCAUAGGCUUUUUUAGUGUGGGCAAGGACACAGGGGCCCCAUGAUCCCCAAUUGCCCGGGGGCCCCAU